AUGUCGCUACAAACAAUUUCUAGCCCCACUAUUUUUUCAUUCGCCACUUCUACAUCCACCACUUCCACACCUACGACUUCUACAUCCACCAUGUCACUACCAACAAUUUCUAGCCCCACCAUUUCUUCAUCAACCACUUCUACACCCGCCACUUCCACACCUACGACAUCUACACCCACCAUGUCGCUACCAACAAUUUCUAGCCCCACUAUUUCUUCAUCAACCACUUCUACAUCCACCACUUCCACACCUACGACAUCUACACCAACCUUGUCGCUACCAACAAUUUCUAGCCCCACUAUUUCUUCAUCGACCACUUCUACACCCACCACUUCCACACCUACGACAUCUACACCCACCAUGUCGCUACCAACAAUUUCUAGCCCCAAUAUUUCUUUAUCCACCACUUCUACACCCACUCCUAACGGAUACAAUCUUUCACCAACUACAACAACUUCCAUACCAACCAGUGCUAUACCCAACCUUCCUACGCCGAUAAAUUCUACGCCCACCACUUUUAUUCCCAACACUUCCACACCCACGACUUUUACACCUACCACUUAUACAACAUCCAUACCCACCUCUCAUACGCCGAUAACUUCUACGCCCACAUCUUCUAUUCCCAACACUUCCACACCCAUCAUUUCUACAUCCACCACUUAUACAUCCACUCCUAAAGGAUACAAUCUGUCACCAACCACAACUUCCACACCCACCAGUACUAUACACGCCUCUCCUACCCCGAUAACUUCUACGCCCAUUACGUUUACACCCACUAUUUCUACACUCACGACUGCCACACCUACGACAUCUACACCAACCUUGUCGCUACCAACAUUUUCUAGCCCCACUAUUUCUUCAUCCACCACUUCUACACCCACCACUUCCACACCUACGACUUCUACAUCCACCAUGUCACUACCAACAAUUUCUAGCCCCACUAUUUCUUCAUCAACCACUUCUACACCCACCACUUCCACACCUACGACAUCUACACCAACCUUGUCGCUACAAACAUUUUCUAGCCCCACUAUUUCUUCAUCAACCAGUUCUACACCCACCACUUCCACACCUACGUCAUCUACACCCACCAUGUCGCUACCAACAAUUUCUAGCCCCACUAUUUCUUCAUCAACCACUUCUACACCCACCACUUCCACACCUACGUCAUCUACACCCACCAUGUCGCUACCAACAAUUUCUAGCCCCACUAUUUCUUCAUCAACCACUUCUACACCCACCACUUCCACACCUACGUCAUCUACACCCACCAUGUCGCUACCAACAAUUUCUAGCCCCACUAUUUCUUCAUCAACCAGUUCUACAUCCACCACUUCCACACCUACGACAUCUACACCAACCUUGUCGCUACCAACAUUUUCUAGCCCCACUAUUUCUUCAUCCACCACUUCUACACCCACUCCUAACGGAUACUAUCUUUCACCAACCACAACAACUUCCAUACCAACCAGUGCUAUACCCAACCUUCCUACGCCGAUAAACUCUACGCCCACCACUUUUAUUCCCAACACUUCCACACCCACGACUUUUACACCUACCACUUAUACAACAUCCAUACCCACCUCUCAUACGCCGAAAACUUCUACGCCCACCUCUUCUAUUCCCAACACUUCCACACCCAUCAUUUCUACAUCCACCACUUAUACAUCCACACCUAAAGGAUACAAUCUUUCACCAACCACAACAACUUCCAUACCUACCAGUAAUAUACCCAACCUUCCUACGCCAACCUCUUCUAUUCCCAACACUUCCACACCCAUCAUUUCUACACCCACAGCUUAUACAUCCACUCCUAAAGGAUACAAUCUUUCACCAACCACAACAACUUCCACACCCACCAGUACUAUACACGCCUCUCCUACCCCGAUAACUUCUACGCCCAUUACGUUUACACCCACAAUUUCAACACUCACGACUGCCACACCUACGACAUCUACACCUACCAUGUCGCUACAAACAAUUUCUAGCCCCACUAUUUUUUCAUUCACCACUUCUACACCCACCACUUCCACACCUACGACAUCUACACCCACCAUGUCGCUACAAACAAUUUCUAGCCCCACUAUUUUUUCAUUCACCACUUCUACAUCCACCACUUCCACACCUACGACUUCUACAUCCACCAUGUCACUACCAACAAUUUCUAGCCCCACUAUUUCUUCAUCAACCACUUCUACACCCACCACUUCCACACCUACGUCAUCUACACCCACCAUGUCGCUACCAACAAUUUCUAGCCCCACUAUUUCUUCAUCAACAAGUUCUACAUCCACAACUUCCACACCUACGACAUCUACACCAACCUUGAUACAAUCUUUCACCAACCACAACAACUUCCACACCCACCAGUACUAUACACACCUCUCCAACCCCGAUAACUUCUACGCCCAUUACGUUUACACCCACCACUUCUACACCCACGACUUCCACACCUACGACAUCUAUACCCACCAUGUCGCUACCAACAUUUUCUAG